AUGCAAACCACCGUCGCCUCUAUCUUGUCCUUUGCCGGAGCCUUGAUGGUUCUGGCCGCACCCAACGCGACGGCACAGCCACUCUUUGGUGCUGGUGCCGGCGGCGGCCUCGGCACGAUUCUCAUGGACCACGUCCAGUACGUCCAGAACCCGGCGAGCGCUGAGCAGGCGAUCCCCGCCGGCCAGAACAACCCCGCCCGCGAGGCCCACCGUCAGGUCCAUGCGAGCCUCUUCGAAGCCACCGGCGGCGGCAAAGCCGGCCAGGCCGCUGCCGCCGGGGCAGCUUAG